ACCCACCUAUACCUAUCUUUAUUUCACGAUCUCUCUUUCUUUCUAAUCCAACAAUGGAUGUGAUUUUUGAGCCCCAAAGAGGAAGAUCAUUCUCUAUUGAAGUGGGUUUCUUUGAUACUAUCUUAGAGAUCAAAGAAAAGGUCAAAAAAUACCAAGGCAUACCCGUGUCCAAACAAACCAUAAUCUUCAAUGGCAAUGUCCUCAAAGACGACCUCAACGUUGAACACACCGAAAUCCUCCAAAACUCGCACAUUCAACUCAUGAUCGCCGCCUCGGAAUCCGACAAAUCUCCCGAGAACUCAUCAUCGCCCUCCAAGAAAAUCCAGCUCAACGUGAAAAUCCCCACGUACAAAAUGCAUGUUCCUCUAGAAAUGGAGGUAACCGACACGGUUGGAAAGUUGAAGGAAAAGAUUCAAGAAAUGGAGGCUGUCCCAGUUAACCGUUUGAUGAUUCAUUCGAGUGGUGCGGAGUUACAAGACCACAGGUCUUUAUGUGAAUGCGAGAUUUCGGAGAAUUCGGAUAUUGAUGUCAGUUUUAGGCCUUCACCAACAGCAGCUUCACCGGCUGCAAUGGCAGCAUUGUCACCGUCGCCAGGGCCGGGGCCGGGGCUGGGGCCAACGACGUUGUUGGGGUCGAAGAAAUUGAAGCUGCUGGUAUUGCCGAAAUGCGGGACGAAGAAGAUUCCGGUGGAGAUGAAUGCAUCGGAUAAUGUUGGGGAAUUGAGGAAGGAGCUGCAGAAGUUGCAAGAAAAGCUACAGUUUAGUCUUCCACAAGAGGGUUAUUUCUUUAUUUACAAGCAGAAUGUGAUGGAUGAUGAUAGGUCCUUUAGGUGGCACCAUGUUGGGCAAGGUGACACAAUAGAGGUCUUCAAUGGGAGUGUCACUGGUGGUUCGUAA